UUGACAGAAUCUCCCUAUGUAGCCCUGGUUGUCCUGAAAUUUGCUGUUACAGAAGAAGUGGGUCUCAAAUUCACAGAAAUCUGCCUGCCUCUGCCUCCUAAAUACUGGGGCCAAAAGUAUGCAUUACAAUGCCCAGAUGCUUCCUGAGUCAAAAUGGAAUGGUUCAGUUCAGAUUAAUUUGUUUCACAAUACCCCCAGCCCCCAAAAGUUUUUCUUCAAUCCAUUUACACAUAAUUUUCUAGGUCUGCCUCCUAGCUCAUAAUUGACAAUACCUUUGCAUGUCUGUGCUCUCCUAUGAUGUGCCUUGUUCCUCUCAUGCUUGCAGUUCUAUUUUGACUUGCUCAACAACUUGUUUUAAUUGUCCUGUCAGUUAACAAACUCCAGCUGAACACUUUGAGAAAGAGCAUUUCCUAAGUGCUGGCAUUUUAACUAGCUAUAGUAUAUCAGGUACAACAUGAUACUAGUACUUUUAGUGCUACUUGGGUUUGAUACAUAAACACAUUGCUCCAGGAAGGGAAAGCACACUUCCUGUUUAAAUUUUCUAAUCAGAUUUGUACUUAAGCCUCGUGGAUUCUAAAACUUCCUGAUAGUUUGAUUCUCUGGUGGCCCCUGUUUCCAUCAGUGAUCACACUGGGAUCCCCAAAAGUCACUUUCCAAUGUGUUUUCUUCUAAUUAGCUGAGAAGCUUUUUAAAGUUUGGGUUUAUCUUCUAUGACCAGUUCGUUAUUCCACUAUCAAAUUCAUACAGACAAACAAGGUAAAAGCUUGACUCUUUCCUCUAAUAUUUUUAUAUCUAAAGUUAAGAGAAAUAUCAAACUGGCUUUCAUGUCAUGAAGGUAUAUUUUACUUUAUUUUUGUUUGACUUUUGCUUUUUCCUUUGUUUAUAUUGAAUCAUAUAAGGAAGUGAAUCACUUCCUUAUAUGACCUCAUGAGAUAUUUCUAGAUUUCUUUUUUUUUUGCCAAGCUGUGACUGUUUAUUAAUUGACCAGAUUAUAAAAAUACAAUGGGCAAUACCUUAGUUCAUUCAUCUAGUAAGCCUGUUUAUCUGGUCUUCCCUGUUGCCAGCAUCUCCACCUUCUACAAAGUGAGUUGUCUUUUUCUUCAUUCCACCUCAUGGGGAAGAUAGUUUGAAGGACCAUUAAUAAUAAAAACCUCCCUUCCAAGGUAGAUUGCUUCAACUGACAAGACUCAGUGAUAUAUAGAAGGUGAAUAGUAGAAACCCUUAUGUUCUGCAUUGCAAUAGUAUCUAGCCAUUACAAGACCUACAGAGGUCCAAGCUAGAUGGGGUCUCAGUGUUGAGAGGGGGAAGAAGUUCUUAUCCCUAACCAUGAAGCUAUUAUCAAUUGAUGUGUACUUGCAAAUGAAAAAUUUAUUUUUUCAAUAGAGUGGACUAGUUGCCUCAAGUGCCAAGCACCUGAAAUUCCUGACCAGGUAGUUGUUGUUGUUGUUGUUGAUGGUGAUGAUGAUUAUUAAUAUUAUUGGUUUGUGUUCUCUCUCUCUCUCUCUCUCUCUCUCUCUGUGUGUGUGUGUGUGUGUGUGUGUGUGUGUGUGUGUGUGUGCAUACGCACGCAAUAUAAGAUAUAGGGUGCUGUUGGACCUGCCUUGGAUAGUAUGAUUGCUUGCUAAGGUAAAGCAGGGAGCCAUCAGUGUUCUUGAGGGGUUUGAACACAUGGAGUUUGCCUAUAAAUGAGGUCUGUGGCGAGAUUCCUAGAAAACUGCAGAUAUGUAUCUGGGAAAGGAGAAAGGUCUGAAGCAGUUGUUAAUUGUGCUGGAAUUCUUGCUUCCCUGAUAGCAAUGGCUUCAACUAGAUUCUUGGGUUAGGGAUGGCUCUCCAUUCUCAUGUUCCUAUAAUAAUAGUUCCUGUCUUCCUAUCAUGCCUCAAUAGCAACAUGGAGGGCACCAUGAGGAAAGAUAGACCAAGCAUGCUUACUCAGAUCUCUCUGGGUAUAGCCAUGAGUGUGCAGAUCACUGGAUUUUUAAAAGAAGAAAACAUAAUCUGACAACUUGUUUGGCACCUAUGUGGGGCUUUGAAGAAAUUUUGAAGCAAGUCAUUUUAACAGAAGCUUAGAUAAGCAGUUAUUUUUAUGGAAGGGGUUCCAUACAAACAGGCAGUUUUAACAUAAACUAAGAUAACUAGGGCACUCUGAUCUUUGGUUUUUUGAGUAGAGCUGGGUAGUUUUCCAUGGUAUUCUUCAUCAAGAAGAUGAAAUUCCAGUUAAAGUUGAAAUGGCCUCUUCCAGAAUACAAGAUGGAGGGACAUCUGCUCUGUCUCACCUCAACACAUUAGCUCUCAAUUACUUCUCCAGCACAAUGUCUUCCUGCAUGGUACCAUGCUUUCCUCCAUGAUGAUAAUGGACUAAAUCUCCAGAACUGUAAGCAAGUCCCAAUUAAAUAUUUAGAGUUGCCUUGUUCAUGGUGUCUCUUCACAGCAAUAAAACACUGACUAGGAUAGGAUUCAAAACCUCUUUCUGAUAUCAGCAGGCACCAGGCAUUCAUAAGGCACAUAAGAUGUAGGCAAAACUUUUACACAGAUGAAGUAAAGACAAAUAACACUUAAAACUUUUAAAAAGUAAUUUUAAUCCUGAGGCAACUCAGGUAGACUGUGUACAGGAAUUCUUUGGGACAAUCAGAAAUAGUGCAUUUGUUUAGAUUACAAUCUGGAAUGAUUAUGCAUUUCAUGUGGAUCAAAAAUGUGGGUAAAAGGAAUAAAGAGGCAAGGCUGGUCCUCAAAGGUAAGUGGCUCUAUAUCUGGGAGCACAAGAGAAAACUCUAGCCUAUGUGUUAAUUUCCUAGAGAGAUACCAUCUCAAGUUACUAGAAAAUACUAGAAAGGUGACAACAUCCUGUCAAUGUGUGGUAGUUUAACUUUGUGUUUCUGUUGGACUGCUCAGCAGUGUUUCUUAUUACACGUGACUACCCAGGAUAUGAGCCCUGCGCUCUGCUGAUUGGCAUGAUCCCUAGGAUGGAUGAGGAAUGGACCAACUGUACAACACAUGAGCAGUCUUUUGCUAAGUUGUGUUCACUGUCAUCAUGAUAUUGUUCAACAAAGGUUCCAGUUGCCAGGUAGGAGGUUUUGCUUUGUCCACCAUAGCAUGGAUUCUUUGCAUCACUUCCAUGGGCCUCCCACAGUGGCGAGUGUGGUACUCGAAGGAACCUGUGAUCUCUUACCCUACUGUGGCCUUUGUGGGAGUGUGGAAAACCUGCAUCUACCACCAUGACAACUUCAGCAAUAUUAGAAUGUGUUACCAAUACAGCUACCAUGACACCUUCGUUCCUUUGGAUAUUCGUGUUGCUCAGCACCUGAUGUUGAUCACCUGCAUUUUCUGCCUGAUUGGAAAAGCAGCCACUGUUGUUGCUCUUAGAAAUGUGUACACAGGAAGACAAGAGCGGGAUGUCACCUACAAUGCCUUUGGCCUUUCAGCGGUUCUGAACAUCAUUGCCAGUAGCUUUGUCUUCCUUGCUGUCUUGUGCAAUUAUUUCUCCAUCAUAAACAAUGAAGGGAUUGCUUUUCCACCAUCUUUCCAUAUGCCUUUUUACCCACAUAUUCAGCAGGUUGGCAUUGCCAUGGUAGUGGCAUUUCUAGCAGCCAUCCUGUUUUUGUGCAGUGGUGUGAUUUUCAUUUCUUUCACAUUUCCCUUAAACAUACAAGUUCUUCCUAAUAUCUGAAACUGAAUGUACUUCACCUUGAAAAACAAUCCAAAACUUCAUGUUGCUACAGCAAGGAUUUUUGAGAUGACUAAAAUUUCCAAGGACUCAGCAAUGUCCAAAUGGCCUGUGACAGAAAAUGGCCAAAUGCCUCUUUAUUAUCUUUUCUGUCUCAUUUGUUUUAUUACUUCAUUGGUCGGAUUAUGGACUUUCAUUAAAAUGAACUUACCUACUUGUCAAGUGAUCUUAUGAAAUUACAGUUUUAAUUGAUGGCACUGAAGGAAAAAUGAUUAAUAAACCUAGAAUAUAUGAAAAUGAAUGUCAGAGCAC